GGAAGAGAAUAAAUUUUGGCUUUGCACCUCUCUGAGAAAGAAGGCUGCUCCGCUGUGCCAUCGCCAUGUCUUUUCGAUUUUCUGGGGGAUCCAGGGUCUGUUCUCGAGCUGGGUCCAUCAGGCUGGCCAGAGGAGGGGCAGGCUUUGUGGCCGGGAAUGUGUGUGUUGGGCCUGGAGCAGAAAGUAGCUUUUCUUGCACCCUUGGGGGUAUCUCUUCUGGAGGAACCUUUGGCAAUGAGGGGUCAGGCAGGGGAAACAGCAUUGGCUUCCUUAACAAUGAGCCAGGACUCUUCUCUGGGAAUGAGAAGGUGGCCAUGCAGAACCUCAAUGACCGUCUGGCAUUGUACCUGAACCAUGUGAGUGCCCUGGAGGAGGCCAACACUGACCUGGAGAAGAAGAUCGAGGGCUGGUAUGAGAAGUGUGGGCCUGGCAGUGGCCGUAGACUUGACCAUGACUGCAGCCGGUACUUCUCAGUCAUUGAGGAUUUGAAACGACAGAUCCUGUCUAUGACCACCUGUAAUGCCAACCUUGUCCUUCAAAAUGACAAUGCCAGACUCACAGCUGAUGACUUCAAGAUGAAGUAUGAAAAUGAGCUGGCUCUGCACCAGAGUGUUGAGGCUGACACCAACGGUCUUCGCAGAGUGUUGGACGAGCUGACGCUGUCUACAACCGACUUGGAAAUACAACGUGAGGCUCUGAGCGAGGAGCUGACGUACCUCCAAAAGAACCACGAGGAGGAAAUGAGAGUUCUGCAAAAUGCAUCCGGUGGGAACAUCAAUGUGGAAAUGAACGCGGCCCCCGGCGUGGAUCUAACCGCCAUGUUGAACAACAUGAGGGCUGAGUAUGAAGAUCUAGCUGAGCAGAACCGGAAAGAUGCAGAGGCCAGCUUUAAAGAGAAGAGUGCAUCUCUGCAGCAACAGAUUUCAGAUGACGCAGGAGCGGCCAUGGCCGCCAGAAACGAGCUGAUGGAACUGAAACGCAAUCUGCAGACUCUGGAGAUAGAACUACAAUCCAUCACGGCUAUGAAACAAUCCUACGAAAAUUCACUGGCUGAGACCGAAGGGAAUUACUAUGCUCAGCUCCAGCAAAUUCAGGAGCAGAUUGGGGCACGGGAGGAGCAGCUGCAGCAGAUCCGAACAGAGACGGAAGGCCAGAAGCUGGAGCAUGAGCAGCUGCUGGGCAUUAAAACGUGUUUAGAGAAGGAAAUCGACACAUACUGCAACUUACUAGACGGAGAGCAACAAAGAAGUGAAUCCACAAGUUAUAAACCAAAGGAUGGCAAGCCUGCAAAUGAAUUCAAUGACUCAGCGGAAGAGACGUUUGCCAGGACUGUGGCUGAAGAGCUAGAUCAGCUUGGCAACCUCCUUUCACUGAGAGUGCACUCCGUCGAAGAAAAAUCCUCUAAGAUCAGCAAUAUCACCAUGGAGCAGCGGGUGCCUUCCAAGGCCUCAUAGUGAUGGCGUGAUCAUUCAUCAAACAAAAAGCUGCCUCUGCAAAAGUCCCUUUGGUCAAGUAGCUCAAGAAAAUCAUCCAUGCCUGUUCCUACGAGCCAAACUACUAGACUCAAGAUUCCUUUUCUUCUCCCUCUUCUCAUGCUGUCAUGGGCAAUGCAGAUGGAGAUGCCACAGGCAAUGCAGAUGGAGGCGCCAGGACCCUUGGCUUUGACAGAGAAAGGAAUUUCGUGGACAGAAAAUAUGAAGCAGAGUUGGAGAUUUACUUAAAAAGCCAUUUUUAACUUAGAUCAAAGCACAGGGGGCGGGGGUCAAUAGAGAGGUGUUAGGGACAGGGGUGAGACAUACCCAAGUAUCAGUGCGGGCUUCUCCCCGGGAAAGUCACACAUAGGUGUCUUUAUCAAAGGUAUAUAUAGAAUUUUGGUACCUCUCAAGUUAUAUCUCUAAAGGUUACAGGAAACGGCCCUCUCGUUUCUUCAACACUGCUCAAAGGGUACAGCUUAGAAGAAGGUUUAAACUUAAAACUAAUUUCCUUCAGUAAACAAGGUUGUAAGAUAGAUUGAUGGAGGUGUUGUUUAGAUAUAAGAGAAAGGAGUGUUAGAAACUCAGAGUGAUGUAUCUUGCUGGUCCUGAGGAAGUACGAUUUAGCUUGAUGGGUGUCUCUGAAGAAGGAUAUGUACUGUGUCUGCUGUGUGCCCUGACUCCAGCCAUUUGGGUAGCAUCGGGCAUUUCUGAUGGGAUUUCUGAUGUUUCUGGCCUUUCUUGGGUCAGACUAUGGGAUGAAAGGCAUAAUGGUUUCAUCAUUUUCUUCCCCUGUCACCAUUUUCUUCCUAUCUGUCUACCUUGGACUUUGGUAAGCCUUUCCAAGAAAUGGGACAACUUCAGUAGCUCUUGAUUUUAUUCUGUGAGCCUUUGGCCAUUUCAUAAAGGGCUCUUCUGUUGCUAA